CUAAUACGUUUUGGAUAUUACAAGCAAUAAAAGCUGUAACGCACGCGUGAAAAGCAAUUUCAUUUAUUGAUUUCAAAUUUAAAUGUGGUUUUAUAGCCCCAUACUCUACAUAAUUCUGUUUCUUCAAAUAUUUACAGUAGUAUGCAAGGAAACAAUUAUAAUAAAAGCAAGUGACGAGAGUAAACAGGAUAUUCUAGUCGAUGCUUUGAGGAAUUUCACUACAGCUAAUAAGAUACUGAAAGACUUAAUACAAAACUAUGAACAUUUACAAAGAAUUUAUAAAUCGAAGGAAGAAGAAGAGGAUAGUAAAAAAGGUGGAAAGUCAGACACAGUUCAUAAUAUGUUCAAGGCAAUUUUUUCAUCAGGAGAAGGUGAAAAACCUAGAUCAAAGAAAAAAUUACAAAAAUAUGAUAAAAUGCGUGUAACUCAAAUGUAUCUUUCGGACAUAGAAAGCGUAGAGAAGUCAGUAGACGUUGAAAGCAAAAGUGACGAUACCAGUGCCACUGAAACAUCAGAUGUUAUAAUUGGUGCAAUUAAUAAAAUCCACAAAGAAACUAAAGAUUCGAUUAAGAAAAGCAUAGAGAACACGCCUGCGCAGAAUAAAAUGAAAAAAUUCAAGAAAAAAGGGAAAGAAAGCAGAGAUAAUACGGUGACCACAGUUAAGACUCGUUUCAGUAUUCAAGAUGAUCGUAAUAAACAAUAUACAACAAAACACCACGUCGGGCCACACUUUAGAAACAACCACAAAAGUAUAAAACGUCUUGUUUACGCCGAAAUCUUCUCUCCUGACAAGAUGUGGCAUGAAGUUGUCAAUAAACCGGUUAACUUGCAAGUCUUCAAUGAUGGAGGAAUCAAUUUAAGGACAAUAAAACGCACAAACACAGAUAAUUUAGAAAGCGAAGAAGCUGAAGACAUGGUCCCUGAUGAUGAAAUACUAAUGAAAGAGCAAAUCAAAGGUAAAAUAUUAAGGGACGCGUACGGAGAUGCUUGCGUUACAGUCGCUGUUCAAAAGUGUUAUAAAGCACUUAAGUUAGUGAGCAAAAGUGUAUGUCGAUUUCGAAAAUGCAAAAGUGGAUUGAAGAACAAUUUUAUGGAGUUCUCGAAGACCGGAUGUAUUAGAGAGUUCAAUUCUGGUAACGGUAUCGCCAACAGCAUCACCAUCGCUAAGAACAUUGAACGAGCCAUACAGAGAAUGAAUGAUAUGUCGAAAUAUCUUAAAGUGUAUCUACCUGUUCUACGAUAUAGUAAUGAGGUCACAGAGAUAAGUAAUCUUCAAAACGAAGCAAAUGAUAUAAGAUCAAUUCAUAUUCUCCGAGAUCGCUUUGAGAAAGCCUGCAAACACUUAUCCAUGAAGAAGUGUGUCAACGCGUGCCAUUACAGCAUAGAUGAGACUUGCAAAGUUCACGAGUGUCGUAAUAAUAUAAAAAAAGCCUUUAUAAAGGAGUGUAAAAGAAAAUGCAAGAGUGCGUAUAACGUUGGUGACAAUGACGGGAGUCAGAGUGGGAGUGACAGCGAAAGUGAGAGUGAUGAAAGUCACUCCGGGAGCGAUUAUUAAAGAUGGAGUUAAAUGAUU